CUCAGCCAUGCCUACUACCUCGGCUUUCCUUCCUCGUGCCUUUGGUCUCACUCGAGCAUUCACUACAAGCCUACGAUCAUUUGAAUCAUCUUCAUCAGCUUUAUCAAACUCUUCCCAAUCUCCUCGAUUGACUGAAGGCAUCACACAUGGAUCCUCAGUUCAACACCUCAUGAUCGAUCGAUUCGACCUUUCAAAUCCAGAUGCCACCUUUGAUGAACCCUCAGUCUUCCCUUUGUCGAAGUAUGUCUUUGGACAACCUAAUCGACCAGAUAUCAUUCAUCGAUGUGUGAUGUUCGAACGUAGCCUUAUGCGUUCAGGAAGUGCUAACACAAAAACAAGGUCUGAAGUAGCUAUGUCAGGUCGAAAACUUCGUCCUCAGAAAGGAACUGGUCGUGCUCGGAUCGGUGACGCUUCUUCUCCUACCUUGAGAAAGGGUGGUGUGGCCUUUGGACCCAAACCUAAAGAUUGGUCCCAAGGGAUUCAACGUAAAGUGUGGGAAUUGGGUCUAAGAACUGUCUUAAGUCAACGUUGGAGGGAUGGAAACUUAAUUCUUGUAGAUCGGUUUUCAAUGAACGAUACAGAAUAUGGAAGCGAACAAUUAGCUGAACUUAUUACACAGAAAGGUUGGUCUGAUGCAAUGUUGAUCGCUGGAGGAGAUUGGGGUACACCCGAAAGUGGUUGGAAGGAUGGAGGUUUAUUACGACAAGCUUUGGGUCGUGAUCAUUUGAUUACACCUGGAAUUCGAUUAGGUCAAACUGGAUCUUGGUGGACACAACAACAAAAAGCUUUGAUUCUUCCAUGUCUUAAUAAUGUCGAUCUGGCUCAUCCACAAGACUUUCAACCUGGAAAACCUCAUACAACUGAUUGGAGACCUGGAAGAGUUGGAAUCUAUCAUCUACUACUCAGGGAAAAGUGUAUAAUGGACAUCGAAGCUAUCAAGUAUUUAGAACAUAAGCUCACUUGGGAUUUGAGGAGACCUAUCAGCGCAUUAGGUGUAUCUAGAGUAGAAGCUGAUCUACAACAUUCACUUGCGUCAAAUUCUCUAGCUAGCUUAUUAUGAACAAAUGAUUUGUAUAUGUAGCUUCUUUACGCAAAUCAACAUGGUCAAGACGGAAAAUUUAAACAGCCCUCUGGAUUCAUGGAACUCAACUCAGCUUCAGUCUGAGCUUUAGACCU